AUGAGCACGGAUACGAUUGGAGAAUACCUGCUGAAGGUCCUCGACCGGCAGGGCAAGACGCUUUGCUUGAAGACUGCCUUCAGCCUCGGCAUGCGCAUGAUAAGUGGCCUGGAGUACGUCCACAGCUACGAAUACAUCCUCGCCUAUCUGAAAGCGUCCAGCCUGCUUCUUGAUCUUGGCGAAGGCAAUGAAAACAAGAUCCAUCUCCUGGACUUUGGUUUGGCCUGUCGGUACACGCAAAACGGCAAGUACAAGGAGUACAAGAAAGACCUCAGGAAGGUGCACGACGGCACCAUUGAGGAGUACAAGGAAUACCUCAGGAAGGUGCACGACGGCACCAUUGAGUCCGCAAGUCGGGAGGCCCACAUUGGUGCCCACGCGCGAAGGUUUGAGAGGGAAAUCCUGGGAUACACUCUGCUCCAGUGCCUUUGUUGCCGGCUGCCCGAAAGGGAAAACCUCAAGAACCCCGAGUACGUCAGCCAACAGAAGAGCACUCAGAUGGAACGCAUCACCUAG